CCGGAAAGGAUAGAAACGCGACCGGGCGUCUGACAGUCAAGAUGGCGGCGGCGAUGGACGUAGAUUCUCCGGCUUGCAUCAAUAAUGGGGCAAGCAAAAGGCGUUUUGAAGUAAAGAAGUGGAAUGCUGUGGCCCUGUGGGCCUGGGACAUCGUAGUGGACAACUGUGCCAUUUGCAGGAACCACAUCAUGGACCUCUGCAUUGAGUGUCAAGCCAACCAGGCCUCAGCCACCAGCGAGGAGUGCACCGUAGCCUGGGGGGUCUGCAAUCACGCCUUCCAUUUUCACUGCAUCUCUCGCUGGCUGAAGACCAGACAGGUGUGUCCUCUGGAUAACAGGGAGUGGGAGUUUCAGAAGUAUGGACACUAGAUGUGAAAGGCUCAGCCAUUUCCUCUCCCACACCUUAGCUUAUUAUUCAGGAAUAUGAAUUCAGCAUGAGGAUUGUUUGUGAUUUUUAUGCCCCCCCCCACGUUAUCGUAAACCAAAUAAACUGUGAUAUGAA